AUAAUAAUAAUUCGCAGGAAAUUAUGCUUUUGAGUGGCGUUCACUGUCUGUCAAUUUUACAGUGGAGUGGCUACACGGCGAAGAAUCUCUAAGUAAAACGCCUCUUCCGGUUAGUCUGUAAACAGUGAUCUCAUCCCUAAUCUUGCUCCGUCUGCCUUUAGUAGAAUCUCACAGCAUGUGCGGCGCGCUGUCUUCAGAGAAAUGACCGUGAAAACAAGUGUAUUGUUCUCGUUACCUUACCAUCCGCCCGCACUUUUGACAUAAUGACGACAUUUACCAUUUUAGAUGGGGGUCACUGAGUUAGCCUGGAGCAUGCUAGCAUGCUAAUUAGCCUGUAAAGGGGGCAAACAAGCAGCUGCCUGGUGCAAGGUCUGUUAAAGCUGCUUUAAAGUUUUUUUCACCGGGUAUUCUGCUUGGAGAAUAAUGGAAGGAGUGCUUUACAAAUGGACAAACUAUAUGACAGGAUGGCAGCCAAGGUGGUUUGUGCUGGACAAUGGCAUUAUUUCAUACUAUGAUUCAGAAGAUGAUGUGUGCAAAGGCAGCAAAGGCAGUAUUAAGAUGUCAGUAUGUGAAAUUAAAGUUCACCCAACGGACAACACCCGUCUGGAGCUGAUCAUACCAGGAGAGCAGCAUUUUUACGUGAAAGCUGUAAAUGCAGCGGAGAGACAGAAGUGGCUGGUGGCUCUGGGGAGCUCCAAAGCUGGACUCAUUGACACUAGAACCAAAAAAGAAAGGGAUUUAACAGAAACCACAGAAUCACUGAAAACCAAGAUGUCGGAGCUGCGUCUGUACUGUGACUUACUAAUGCAGCAGGUGCACACUAUUCAGGAGUCUGUGGAACAGGAAGGAGAAUCUACUGUGGCCAGCACUGAGACAAGUAAUGAGGCAUCCUCAUUACUGAGUGCCACCUGUGAAACCUUCAUCAAAACACUGGAAGAAUGUAUGAAAAUCGCCAAUUCCAAGUUCCAGACUGACAUGUUGCAAUCCAGUCCAUCUGAUUCCAUAAUGUCCCCCGUGUCCCCCUCUCCCGUCCAGAUGUCUCGGAUGAAGCGGUCGAUCAGCCAUCCCGGAACCUACAAUUAUGAAAGGUCGAGCUUGCCAAAAGAGUGCAUGGCAUUGCAGAAGUCCACCCAGAGGCGGACACGGACAUGCUCCGAUACAGAAGCUCACAGCGACAGAGGGGCCGAGGAUAUGGAGCGCUUGAUGUUUCACAGAGCCAACAUCAACGGUGACUCCACUCCGAGUAUCCCCGAAGAGGUUGGAACGAGCACAAAGUUCCUGUCGGAAACUGACACUCCGGAAUCUGACCUUUCCCUCUGAAGCACGCGAGACAGAUUAUGAGAUGGGGAAUAAAAGGAAAACACGUACUGCUAUGCAGUCAAAGAUUGCAGCAUUGUAUAGAUGGAUUUUACUUCUAGUGUUGUAUUUCUUGAUGAUGAAGAAUUCGGCGGCACUUUAUAAAAACAGAUGAUGAAGAAAACAGUCUGAUUUGAAUGUUUAUACUCUUCCAGGUUUAGGAAAUUCGUUUGCCUUGAUGCUAAGAUGUUCCUGUUUUUGUGAUACAUAAUUAUUACUGUAUCCCUUCAGUGAAGAGUUGAAGAUGUUUGUACUGGAUUUUUAAUGUGUUGUGCAGUUGCCUUUGUUAAAUGGGAACCUUGCUGAAAAGGUUUUUGUUACUGUGCCAAGGGGUUGUGCGUAUGUGCUCACAUUAACUUCAAAAUUUGUUUUUUUUUAUUCACUCGGCAUGCAGUGUUGUUCAUUCGUUUAUGAUGCAGAAUACAUUUAUUUAUUUUUGUAUGUCACUAGAGUAUCCCCCUCCCCCCCAAAAAAUUUUUUGGCCUUAAUUCUUCGCAUGGAGGAGUUUGAUCUAUUAAUUAUUGUAAUGUUUGGUAAAAUUAUUAAAAAGAUUUAGCAAGAUUA